CCAGCGGACAUCUGGAGCGGUCCUGCCUGCCUCACCAGCAGACCCUCCAGCAUCCGAACACCGACUCCCCGCGCCGAGGCAGCCCGGGGUUCGCUGCUCGUCUGCCGGUGUGAACCCGGCCUCUCCCCGGGGCUGACGUCGCUCUGUUCGGCUGGAUCUCCGCCGGGGAGCCGCGGCGCUCCGGACAGACUGACCAGCCGGCGGAAAUAUUCCCGGAGGAGGAGGAGGAUGGUGAUGGACUGAGCUGAUCCGACAUCUGACGGGUCGGAGGCCCGAUGGAAGCUGCGACACAUCUGGACCUGGAUCAUCCCGGUCCUGGUUUCGGUUCGGCGUAAAGACGCGGUUCCAUCACCGGGUGGUUCGGUUCUGUUUUUCCUCUUCAGUUUGUCUCGUCACAGACGGACUAAACGGACCCGGUUCCGAGUUGGAGGGCGCAGGCGGAUCCCCCUGCUGGUCUGGAUUAGAACCCGUCCGGAUCAUGAAUCAGCCCCCCUUUGAGGCUCUAAUCUGGGUUUCACCGAACUGGAUUUAAAUCACAGAUUACGCCGCCCCCGGUUCUGGUGAAUUAUUAUUGGACCUGGUCCUGCUGGCGCUGGAUUCGGGGAGCCCUGCUGGCAUCAUGCCGACCUCCCGGCCUGGUUCGGAGCCGGUGGAGUUCUGGGUGGACGGGUCGAGGCGGGACGGGACGGUGGAGGACUUCUACGGCCUGGGCUCCGAGCUGGGCAGAGGAGCGACAUCCAUCGUGUACCGCUGUGAGGAGAAGCAGACGCAGAAACCCUUCGCAGUCAAAGUCCUGAAGAAAACGAUUGAUAAGAAAAUCGUACGCACUGAGAUCGGAGUCCUGCUGCGUCUUUCCCACCCAAACAUCAUCCAGCUGAAGGAGAUCUUUGAGACAGACACCGACAUCGCCCUGGUUCUGGAGCUGGUGACCGGCGGAGAGCUGUUUGACCGGAUUGUGGAGCGGGGAUACUACAGCGAGAGAGACGCGGCGCAUGUCAUCAAGCAGAUCCUGGAAGCCGUGGCCUAUUUGCACGGUAACGGGGUCGUCCAUCGUGACCUGAAGCCGGAGAACCUGCUGUACGCCGACCUGUCGCUGGACGCGCCGCUCAAGAUCGCCGACUUCGGCCUUUCCAAAAUCAUCGACGACCAGGUCACCAUGAAGACGGUCUGCGGGACUCCGGGUUACUGCGCUCCAGAGAUCCUGCGGGGAAAUGCCUACGGCCCCGAGGUGGACAUGUGGUCAGUGGGCGUCAUCCUGUACAUCCUGCUCUGCGGCUUUGAGCCGUUCUUUGACCCGCGAGGCGACCAGUACAUGUACAGCCGCAUCCUGAACUGCGACUACGAGUUUGUGUCUCCCUGGUGGGACGAAGUCUCCCUCAACGCCAAGGACCUGGUCAGUAAGCUGAUUGUUCUGGACCCUCACAAGCGCCUCAGCGUCCGGGAGGCCCUGCAGCACCCCUGGGUUCUGGGCAAGGCCGCCCGCUUCUCCCACAUGGACACGACUCAGAGGAAACUGCAGGAGUUCAACGCUAGGCGCAAACUUAAGGCUGCCAUGAAGGCUGUUGUAGCCACCAGCAGGAUGCACGAAGGAUCCCGACGCCGCACCGACAGCUGCGAGAUGCCUGGCUCAGGGACUUCCAGGCAGAGCAGCAUGCAACAAGACCCACCUCCCGAGUCAGCAGGCUCCGCCCCCGAUGAAAAUGAGGCCCUGCCCCCAGACCAGCAGGUUCCCCAAAACGACGAGUCCACGCUGGCCAAUCAGAGCGCAGCCAGUCCCUCCCCUCCCUGUAGCCCUAACCCCCCCAGCUCUGAAGCUCCACCCACAGGCCCCGCCCUCGUCAGACCGCCGCUGCGCGCCGACGGCCUCCGACAAUCAUCUGUCAUCCCCAAGUCGAUGCUGGUCCAACCCCGGCCGCCGCAGAAGAGCUGCUCCGUCAUCGAGUCGGUCCACAGAGGCGAGGCCACGCCGCCGCUGGGCUCGCCUUCCAGUCCCAACAACCUCAGCAACGGCUUCACGCCGGGGGCGGAGCCUGGCACCAAGGCCGCCCCCUGCCAGUGAACGCUUCACAACAACAAACCCAACAGUUGCGCCUUCCAGUCGUUUUUUUUACUAACAUCCCAGUUGGUGAUCUGGGAACAAACUGAAUGUUUGUGUAAAUUUAAAAACGCCUCUGCUGAAGGUCCACUGGACUGUUUGGCUAGUUAGCUAACAGCGGAGCUAAAGCAGGUGGUUGGUGUGGAGGACUGAAAGAAGCCAAAAGAGCUAAUAUCAGACAUGACUGGAUGCAUAUUUAAGCAUAAAUAAGGAUUUUUGUGGCGGAUUCCUGGAAUGAAUGUAAACCUGGAGAUAAGGAGAAAAUGGAGGUUGAGCUAUUUUUCACACUUUCCGGCUCAGGUUGAAGAUCUGGGUGACAAAAAAAGGGUUUCAGAGUAUAUUUUCCUGUAAAAACAUUAAUGUAAAAGACAGCAGGCCUCUGGAUUUCAGUUUUCUGGCUCUUCCUGUUAACGUCCAGAGAGUUUGGAUCUCAUUUAAGAAAAACUUCCACUUUGCUUAUCUGAUUGUACCGUUCUCCGGCUGCAGGACCGCGUGUUUGGAAACGCUAACAAACUCAACGAUCUUUAGUUUCUGACUACUUUACAGGAGACAUUCAGCAUUUCUAGGCAAACACAGACUGAUUUAGAUGUUUACUCUCGUGAAUGUGUUCAGUUGAGAGCUGGAGGCAAAAAUACACAAUUUUAUCUGGUUUAACUCUACUAAUGCAUUAAACCAUCGGUCAGGUCAGGUUUGAGCUACAAAACAAAAUUAUGAAUAAAUAAGUCCAAAAAAACUGAAUUCAAACCAGUUACUGAAAUUAUGGUGAAAACUAGUUUUAUUUUUAAUUAAAACAUUUGCAUACACUCAUGUUAGAAAGUAUAUUAAUGAAUGCUUCAUUUACAAUUUAAUGAAUUAAAAUGUUAAAAUUAGUAAAAAUUCAUAAAUACUGUAUCAAAUAGAUGAAUGUCCCCAUGAAAUGAAAAAAAAAGAAAAAACUUAUUUUGUUAAUCAUAGGUUACUUAUUUAUUGAUGGGGUUUUAUUUUGUUAAAUAAAUUAAUCUGAGAUUAACAAAAUAAAUGUAAAUCUAUAUUUAUUUAGUUUUAUUUCAUGGAUAAAUGUACAUAUUUGAUGGUGUGUUAAUAAUAACAGUAUAUUUUAUUUAAUUUUGAAUGAAACGACUACACAGUAGAUUUUAUAAAGCAUGCUCAUUUAUAAUAUAGAAGUUACUGAGUCUCACCUUGUUUCAGCAAAAAUAAGGCUGAAAAUGAGACACAGAAACACAUUUAAGUUAAUAAUCCCUAAAACAUGUUAGAAUUGGUACAAGCGUCCAUUAAAUGCUUAAAAAGACCUUCUUUUUUGCCAGAAAAACCAGUAAAGUCAUAAUGGACGUGUAUUUUUACCUGUAGGCCUUUGUUCAUUUGAAAAAAUAAAUUAAUUAAAAUUUCUGCUCCAAAUUUUUAAAUCAUUAAAAGCCAGAGUUUGUCAACUUUCCUGCCUAUGACGAGUGGAAGCAAACGGAAACAGUCUUUUCCGUUUGCUUGAUAAACAGGAAUGGUUGCCAAGGAAAUAAAAAUAUAUCCAUUGGAAGCUAAAUUGCUUUUUAAAGCCGAGCUGUUUUUACUAAAGAGAAUUUAGUUGAAUUAUUAAGCUGAUUUUACAGUAUUAGUUUUUCUUUCCCCUUUACCUCCUGUUCACACUCCAGUUCAGUAGGUGGCGGUAAAGCACCUUCUCAACCGCCAUUAAACAUAAGUAGAAGACACCGGGCUGUUACCAUGGUGACGGCUUGACGGUUGAAGCUUUACGGUUUUCAUUUAGGUGUUUAGCUUAGAAAAAGCGACCAAACUAUAAUAUCGGAGUAAAGAAAACUAAACUAAAAAACAGGAAUAACUUUCUCCUGCGCUCUUAACUGAACACAAACAUCUCAGAUAAACGGUUAAUCUAAAAAAACAUUUCCUUAAAUGUUUAACUCUACAUACAGAGUUAUUUUCGCUCCUCUUCCUCUCCUGCCUGAACAUGGUGGACUGAUUGUAUCUCAUUAAAAUGGAGGAACAAGGAGCGCUGCUGGAUUUCUGGAGUUUUCCAGCGUCGGAGCAUGCGCAUUCAGACUUAUGUUGAAAGAAGAAGCGGGACUUUUUUUCUAAUCGUUUCUACUUUACUGAAGACGCCUGCAGACUCAACUCUGCAGCUGCAUGACUUGAUCGUGUAGCUCCAGUUUGUAGCGUUCAGGUAGGUAAAUCGUGUUUGUGAGCUUCGUAUAACGUGUUGUUUACACUUUAUCAGCGAUAUCGAUGCUCCUGUUUGCACUGUACAUACUGUAGUUUGGUUUUAGACCAGUUAUUACUGACAUCUUUAUGCUCAACGUGAGCACAGACAUGUUCAGUAUUCAAAACGUUCCCCAGAAAAGACAAAAAUGUAAUGUUUGCUGAAAAUCAAACCCUUUCAUCGGAUCUGAGACCACACGCUCUACCUCGUUUUUGUACAGGGGCUUCCAGAGUAAAACCAGUGAUGCAGAAUGCUCCAGAAAGAAAAUGAUUAGAAAGGCAAACAGACUAACCUGAAACUGCACUUUGUUAUGUACGGUGGCUGAGACAGUCCAAAUAUCACCAUAUCAUUUGAGCAUCUUUCAGUGGGGUUACAGCAGAGUAGAUCACGGCAGUUGAGCUUUAUCAAGCAAAUUUAUCUAAAGUUAGCAUUAUGCUAAAACUAGUAUUUUAGCGCCUGUGUUUAGCUAACACCUGCGUCAACAUUGGCGGUGUGAAGGCUAUGCUGAACGUGACUUUAGCUAAAAUGUGUAUUCUAAUUAAAGUGUUUUUUUAGCUACAAGCUAAACAGUUUUAUAAAAAAGUUCUAUAUUGAACACAACUUUAAAAAGCUGUAGUAUUCACUGACUGGAGGAAGGCUAAAAUUAGCAUUAUAGCUAAAAUGGUUUUUAGCUAGCAUAUCAUGGACAACGUAAACAGUUAUGAAAAAAUAUUAUGAUGAAGGCUUCAUUAAAUAUGACUUUAAAAAGUUGUAGUAUUCUCUGACUGGAGGAAAGCUAAACUUACUAUUUUAGCUAUCAUAUCAUGGACAAAGUUAUAUUUUAAAAAAUUAUAUGUUGAAGGUUAUGUUGAACGUGACAAAAUAUCCAAUCCAAUCAUAUUUCUUAGGUCACCUACACAUCAGAUUAAAACUACAUUAAAAAACAAAAUGAGAACAUGAAUGGUUUCCUGGAGAACAGUGUUGCUGCACAUAAUUGAAAGUGGGAGUUUCCCGAUUGUUUUGAGCCUUGAUAAAACUCCCAUGGUGCAUUGCUGGAGGUUUACCAUUGUGGUGGCAGCAAAUCAAAGUCCUGGUUGAAUAUUUAGGGUAGCAGGUCAGGCUGAGAGGGAACGCAUUCCUCUGUUCAUGUGGAGUACAUGCAGGUCUUUACUUCAGUGGCAACCAUAACUGAGGUCUAAAAAAUGAAGAAUAUUGCACACCCAGCAGUGGCUACAUGGUGUCGAAGUUGGCUAUAUUCAUUGUGAAGUUAGCUACUGAUCUGAUUAACGGUGGUAACUGAGCGGCCAGUGCUGGCUAAUGAGAGUGAGUAUUUACUUGUUUAGCUUUGGAGGUUCUGGGGACCAUCAGGCCUCGUCUGGUCACAGACUGGAUGACCUGCUUCCUCUGCUGGAUGUUAGCACUGAUAGGCUAGCAUUAGCCUCAGAUAGGCUAACAUCUAACAUGCCUAGGAUGGUUGAGCUACAAUAUCUGUAAGUGUCAGACAUUAGAUGCAUUCACAUGUUCUUUUGAAUGGAUUUACUGUAAUCCAAUGCAACACCAAGCAUGAGAAUACUGUAUAAACAUAAAAUUUUACUGAAAUUGGCUUUUAAUUGCAGUUUCUGAUUGGCUGAUUCCACCUAAGCUUUCACUUCCUUGACCAUCUUAAAUUUGCUCUAGUAUAAAAACAUCAACACUGUGACUCUUCAAACUUGGACCUGAUUAUUCUUCACCAAAAGCAAAAUAUUUAAAGCCAACUUUAUUUUUAAUAAAAUUUUUACUCACAAGGAUGCAAACAGACAAGCGGUCAUGAUUUGUGUUUCCUCCUCUUCUGUAGGUCUGUAAUGCAGCCCCACCUGAAAAGGCAAAACAAUAUGAGAAGAUGCAACAAUGCAGAGAACCGGCAGGCCUUUUCAUUGAUUUCACCACCUCAACCUUAGCUUCAGCUAACUGGGAGCAACUGCUUAUCACCCAAUAAUCUCUUUGAUUUUGAUUAUAUAUUAUUGACAGUAUUAAUCAGCGCUGCUUGUGUGAAUGUGAGGAAUGUUUUUCGUUUGUUCUGCAUCCGGCGGACAUGUUUGUUUGGCACCUCAUGAUACAGCUGCUGCAAUCUGAUUGGUCAGGAGGACGAGCUGUCCUCCAAUUGGGUGAUCUGUUAAAAGAUAUCACUGUCAUUUUAAUUUCAUGCAGUUUUUCGCUCAUAGCAGCAUCAGUUCCCUCUUUAUGAAACCACAGCCGUUAACCUACUGAAAGACGACUCCAAAUGGAAAAUAUCUCUGUUUUAUUUUUUAUUCAUAUUAUUCUUUUUGAUUCUGUCUCAGCUACCGUAUAUAGCUGCCAUGAAAGGACAAACUUUUUAUUUAAAGAGGAACCAAACCUCCAACUCACAUUUCCCCAAAGGCGUUAAAAAUGUUUUCUUUUAAGCUUCGGUUUAAAAAAUAAUAAUGACCAAACAGUUGUCACUAUAUGAGAAAAAAAACAGGAAGUUUCUGUAAAAAGCAACAGCUACAGAAUAAGGACUCUGUUGGCUGCAGAAUCUUAUGACCAGAAAGUAAAUUAAAGUCUAAAAAUGUCUGAACUAAAUCAUCUGAAAGGGAUCCGUGUUCUCUGGUUGCUCUUCGCUCUGAUGAAGAUGUUUUUAUUUCAUGUUUCAGUCGCAGUUUAACCUCCUGAACAGCUUUAGGUCGUAAAGUUGGAUGUUUUCGGUUCGGUUCCUCUUUAAAACUCCCGGUGAGAACAGAACCUGUUUGUGUCACCGCUGCAUGAACCUGAACAGGUACGUCUGUGUGUGUAAACCAAACCCAGUCAAAGCAUGUUACUGUAUAUUAGACCAACAUCUAUACUCUUCUGUAAAAACAUGAAUAUUUUUGCUUCUAUCGACCAAACGGGGCUAAACUGUAAACACUGUUUGUUUUGUGUUUGAUGAGUAAAAUGUACAUUUCUUUUCAAAUCUGAAGAAUGACACGCAUAUAAGUGGCAGUGUAACAGUGUCAGCUGUUACAUGUGUAUCUCUGCAUGUAUUAUUUACCUUCUGUUGGUCAUAUCAGAUGAAAUAAUAGGAGCAGAAGGUUUGAAUCCUGCAGGAUGUUUCAGGUGUAAAAGUAAAGAUUAGCUGAUAGAAAUCA